AUGGCCGCAAUACCAUUUCCAGACGCAUUGGCUAUGGACGAUGACUUUCUUUACGUCUACAUGUGUGCUAACAAUGAUUUUUAUGGUGGACAUUCCUUAGAACCCGUACCAUACCCACUCUCAAAACAGAAUUAUAGAAAUUUAGACCUUCUUUUGUACACUCCUGACACAAAUCAAACGCGACAACUCACGGACAAAGUUGGGCCAAAGCUAAAUCUGAGUCGAUCCGACCACCUACCCGAUGGCUCCGUGCCUAAUAAAAAGUAUAUUGGAAUUGAAGAUGAAAUUUUUCUCGAAAAUUUUGUGACCACAAGAAAGGACCACAAAAAGUAUGACAUGGAUAUUGGCGUAAUUGCAAUAGUCAUAUUCCACAAUAUGGAGAACACACAACUGCCCAGUCAUUUACGAUACACCAUACGGAUUGACGAAGAUUUAAAUUACUCAGAUCAGAGAAAGUACUCCCUAAUUGGCUCCCACAACAAAAUCGACAAGAACUACCCUCUUUUCAUGCGGGUUCAAUGGGCGAUAGACUCCAGUUACCUCGAACUGCAAGGCGCCGACAUAGAAAAAUUGAAAUUAACCCUGCAAGAGUUCGACGACGACGACGACGACGAUGACGACAUUUUGAGCCCCAAAUUCGUUACAACAAUGUUGCACAUUGCUUGUUUUUUGUCGCUUUAUUUACCCUUCGUAUUUUUAAUGGCUAAGCUGCUUCAGGAACGCACUUCUGGUGUGCAAGAAUUUAUUAAAAUUUUGGGCGUACCAGUGAGCCUGCUGAAUUUAUCACAUAUCCUCAAUGUGCUACCGACGGGUCUCGUAUUCAGUAUAAGCGGAGCCAUAUUCCUCACUAUGGGAAAGUUAACUGUAAUUCCAAAAACUAACCCUUGGUUGAUAUUUUUUAUGUUACUGCUGUAUUUCGUCUCUGUGAUGGCGCUUGCGUUUGCCUGCAGUUUUAUUACUAAAAAUGCUCAAUACGCAGUAACGUUGUCCAGUCUUGCAUACGUCGUGUCUUAUUUGCCAAUGGGCUUUCUGGCGUCAAUGACGAAGACUAACAUCGUGGUGCUGGGCCUCACGGGCUUGCUGCCGCACAUACCCACGUAUUGGUUCUGGAAGGAAGUCGUCAAUCAAGAUGCUUAUAAAGCGCAAGGACCAAUUAACAUUUUCGUGCAGCACACCCCGCUCAGUGGUUCCGUGUUUGCCUGCUAUAUGUUGCUCUUCACUCAAACUAUCAUCUUCUUUUUCAUUGCCUGGUAUUGCAGCAAAGUGUGCCCCGGCAAUUAUGGCACUCCUCUGCCAUUGAACUUCUUGUUUAAGUCUCAAUACUGGAUAAGAAAAAAGGCUCCGCAUUCCGGAAUGGAGGGUACGGAAAAAAGGACGUUAAUGCCGAACGACCGAGACUCGCUCUACUUCGAAAAGCCGCUGGAUAAUGCCGAGGUUGGCAUCCGCAUUGCCAACCUUACCAAAUUAUACAAUACCAAGAAAGCUCUGGACAACGUGUCAUUGGACGUGUACAAAGGGGAGAUCACAGUGCUGCUCGGGCACAACGGAGCCGGAAAAACCACCCUUAUGUCUAUUAUUGCAGGAUUGAUAAGCGCUACAGAAGGUACAGUGACAAUAAAUGGGCUGGACUCAGUGCAGCACCAGGAAGAAGUGCGUCAGCAAAUCGGUCUAUGCCCGCAGGACAACAUCUUCUUCUCCGAUCUUACAGUGCUCGAGCACGUCAUGUUCUGCGCUAUGUUAAAAGGCUACGGUCUCCAAAACGCGAAAGUAUUUUCCCUUGAACUUCUGGAUCGCCUAUAUAUUGCAAGCAAGGCAAAUAGUAUGAGCAAGAAUCUGUCUGGAGGUAUGACACGGAGAUUGCAACUCGCAUGCGCUCUGGCUGGGAGUGGGAAUGUGCUCAUACUCGAUGAGCCUACAUUGGGUCUAGACAUCGAAAAUCGACGAGAACUAUGGAAGUUGCUAUUGUCGCUUCGCGGCGAGCGCACGGUGCUGCUGACGACGCACUUCAUGGAAGAGGCGGAUGCGCUGGGCGACCGCGUGGCGGCGCUGCACGCCGGCCGCCUGCGCGCUCUCGCCACGCCCAUCUACCUCAAGAAUAACAUUGGUACCGGCUACCGCCUAACCCUAACAACGACCGGACUACAACAAGAAAAUGCCAUCACAAGUCUCGUAACUACCUACGUACCUGACGCAACACUAAAAGAAAGAAGUAGCAGCACCCUCGAGUACUCACUACCGUCCGCCAGCAGCAAAAACUUCUCGGCCUUAUUCACGGAGUUACAAAACAAACGAUUGGAUCUUGGAAUAAAUUCUAUUGGAGUCGGUGUUUCGACUCUCGAGGAGGUAUUUUUGAAAUUGUGCAGUGACAUUGAAACGGCGUUAACGGAGGAUACUGACGACAGGCAAUUACGAGAGUCAACGUAUCCGAAAGUGAGGGGCAGUCUCCUGCUCUUAAUUCAAAUGGGAAUGCUCAUGAAGAGGCAUAUUAAGUACUUAUACUUUAGAAAGUGGAGUUUCCUUUUCUUGCAACUGCUAAUACCAAUCAUAUUAAUAUUCGGCUUUACAUAUGUAUCUAACGAUCGACCAAAACCUGAAAUUGGUACCAGAAGAGCCAUGGACCUCGGCAUCUUUAAGGAUAUGAAGAAGCAACCGAGGGUUUUUUAUAAACUGGACUAUAAGGACCAUGAGUAUUUAAACAAUUUUCGACGGUUUGGUACCGUUGACUUUCAACAAACGGCGAAUAUGACUGAUGCGAUGUUACGAGUAGACCGGGAUAGCCGAUCCAUCGCCGGAGUCGAAUUGAAAGGUGAUAAUGCCAAGGUAUACUACUCAACGACAGUACGCCACGCAGCGUUGGUAGCCCUGAACUUGUUAAGCAACUUGCUGGCAGCAAAACACGACCGCUACAUCACCACAUACAGCCAGCCGCUCCAGGGCACUAAUACCGCCAAGAUAGUGCCCAAAACGGUGUUCACUACAGUCGUGUGGGCUCUUUGCAUCUUGUUCUUAAUUUUAUCAACAGUAUCGAACACGAUAUAUCGACUAAUAAAAGACCGCCAGACAGGCAUUCGUCACAUCCACAUAAUGGCUGGGUGUCCCCCGUUCAUCCACUGGAUGGCCACGUUCAUCACUCACGUGUUGAUGUACACCGUCAUUUCGGUGUUGCCCACACUCAUCGCUGCAUCUAUUAUGGACGAAAAUAAUACUAUAAACACUACCCGCUUCCUCUCCUUCACUUUCGUGGUACUGGAGUUGGUGAUAAUGGCAUUCCUUGCGUUCAUGUAUUUCGUCAGUUUCGGUUUCGGUGAGCGAACCACGGUAGCUAUACUCACCGUCAGCGUCACACUAGGAGGUAAGGUCAAUAGAGGUCAAUAG